AUGCAUGACUUAAACCAAAUUCCACAGGUAGAUGUGAAGCAGAGACUUACUCGAGUCGAAAAUGAACAGCAGUUACAUAUCUCUACAACUGGAAAAGUUUCUUCAUGUAGUAAUAUCAUAGAACGAAGAAAACUUUUGUAUGAAGGUGGUGAAACUAUUAGAGAGCAGAAAACUCAAAAUUUGAAACAGAAACCGACUGUACCACGAAAGCCAUGCAGAAGUCCAUCGGCUGUAGUUUCAUCUCUAAUCCCGGUUGAUACUACAAAUGUCGAUGUCACCAAGAAUGAUCCUUCUGUCAAUGAUACUGCGAGCCUUACAAGAUCGUCAGUUUUGUCAAAUAAUUCAUGGACAGAAUCCCAGACAAGUGGCUCGAUUACCAGCGAGGCAGAAUUAAGUUGGGGACAAAAUUCCAGCUGUUUCAAGGAAACGGUUGAAAAUAUUGCGGAGAAAACUUUAACUAUAGAAAAAACUAAUACUUCAGAUUUAACAUUAGAUUCGGAAGAAAUAGCCUAUCAUUCAGAUAUCCCUGCGACAGAAAUACUAAAAGCAAAAUCAGAUGAACAGAUUUAUGAUUCGAGUUGUGAACGUUUGGUUCCUUACGAUUCUAUUACUACGUCUUCGAGGCCUUCAAGUGAUGCAUGCAGUAUAGCGAGUUCACUUUGUCUCAAAAACAAAAAGCCAAUCAGAAGUUCAUUUGAUCACUCAAUCGUUGAUGCUUCCUACAAUACGGGUUGUUCAAAAGAGGAUCAAAGGCUAAGAAAACUUCAUUAUGCAGCAGUCGAAAUUUUCAGUGUAGAAAAGAAUUUUGUUGAACAGUUGCAGUUUAUUGCUGUGAAAUAUCCAAAAUAUCUGGUGGAAUAUGGGAGACAGUUGGGCAUUGAUUUGUUAAAGCCACUGCCAGAUGGACAUCCUCAUUUAAUUAAUCGCAUAGCUCAGCAACUAGUGAUGGUUAAAGAAGCUCAUAAGCUUUUGCUGGAGAGAUUUUCAUCAAAAAUCGAAAAUUGGGAUUCUAGAAAUCCAUGCAUGGCUGAGUGUUUGAAAAAUGGUGCUCCUCUUCUGAAAUGUUGUCUUCCCUACCUCAAAGAAAAAAAGAAGCAUGUAGAUGAAUUUGUGAAAUUAUUGCAGGAUAACGAAGAAUUGGCUCGUGCAACGUGGAAGUUUGAGGAACAAGUAAUGGGUAAAAUAUCAAUAAUACAACAACUUGAUAUCGUUCAUCAGAAUGUUGUGCGUUAUACGAUUUUGCUAGGAGCUUAUAAAAAAUAUCUGCUGCCUGAUUCUGAAGAAUUUGAGGAAUGCGAAGAGGCAUUAAUACAGUUGUUGAACGUAUCAGAAUUAGUCGAUCGACAGAUCAGCUUGGCUGAACUAGAAAAACGUUUAAUCAAUUUGUAUCGACGGCUAGAGGGAAGAUUCAAUGUCUUUGAAGCAAAUCGUCAUCUUUUGUUUGAAGGCGAAUUAAUGAAGCAAUCAAGAAAAGAUCUGCAACCACGUUACUUAAUAUUAUUUUCCGAUGUGCUAUUAAUUUGUAAAUACUCAAGAACACCUUCGCUUGGAGCAGAUGCCAACUUUCAUUCUAAUUUUUAUAAAUGUCUCGUUUCUCGAACUCGUGUCAAUGCGGAAGAGCAUGGAGAGUAUGAAACUCAUUUUCAGCUCUAUACCACACAGAAAAGUGCAGUUUUUAUUGCAAAGACAAAGCGAGAAAGAGAUGAAUGGGUGAAGCGAAUUAGUGAGGCGAAGAUAGAGUGCAAACGGUUGCGACGCAUUAAAGCUGUGAGAAAUAAGAACCUUAAUUUUCAAGUCUCACAAAACGAAGAAUCAACAAAUGACAAAACAUCGGAUGUGCAAACGUCGCAAGAUGGAUUAGAUCAAAAUAUUCCGUUGGUUAAUGUGCCAGUCAGUGAAAAAUAUAAGUAUACUCCAUUGUGGAUACCAGAUCCGAAAGCAACUUCUUGUAUGAUGGCUGGUUGCUCCACUAAGUUCGGUGUUUUAAAUCGUCGCCAUCAUUGCAGAGAAUGUGGCUACGUCAGUUUUUUGCUGAUUUGUCGGUCCUGUGUUGGUUACGCACCUGUUAAAACUGGUGGUUAUUACGUGCGCACCAAAGUUUGCCCAGAAUGUUACGUCAAGAUUAUCAAAAAAUAUAAAGUACAUUCUUUUAUACUAGGGCAAGGAGUCUCUGGAAACACUAUUUUCACUGCUCCGGAAAAUGAGUCUCUGAUAAAAACUAAUAUUCUUAGUCGAAAUGAUGAAGGAGUAGUAUCUGGCACUGUUUUUUUAAGGAACCAAAAGGGUAAUGAAUGUGAAAAAUGGGGUCGGUUGACAUCACAUAUUGAUGACAUACUAGUACUUUCUUUUUAUGAUGCAGAAUUCGAUGCGGAUCCAGUUGCGCGUUAUGUUCUUUUGGGAUUCACUCUCUGUGUACAAGAGUUGGAUGAUGGUGGUCGUUUAUUUGAGUUACGCCAUGUUAAUCAAGUUAAUGGCAGAAGUACUAUUACGCUUCAUUUCCGAGUAGCUCAUUCAGGAAAUGCAAGAAGGUUCAUUUUUAGAAAAUUAUUCACAUGA